GCUACUAUCUCCAGAUAACUACACCGCAACAAGCUUUUGACAAGAUCUGAUGGAAGGGCGAGGCGCUGCAUCGUGUGACUCGGUACAUUAUGCAGUACCUGCAUGUAUUGUUCGCACUUGUGCGGAGUUGGAAGUCUGGAGCGGCCUCGAAUGCUCAGCCUCCACGCGCAGAGCGUGGUGGCGCAUUUUAGCACAGUGCAUGAAGCAGCAUUCAUAUCUGAGCUGAAUGCGUGCUCGAAGUCUCUCAAACGCCAAUGACAUAAAGGUUCGAGAGCUCAAGCUCAUGGACGUGCCGGCGAAGUCCAAACC